GUGUGUGUGUGUGUGUGGGUGUGGCGUGGGAGAGAGAGAGAGAGAGGGAGAUACAAACUGCCGUUGGAGAAGGGAGUUUUAGAGAGGGAAACAUAGUUGUUUUGAUGUAAUACCAUGACUCGGGUCUUGCACAACCCGAUUCCAUAUAAUUCGCUCCGGCAGUAAAUCACCACUGUCAUAAUUUUCCGACCAACCUUACCGGCCGGAAUUCGGCUCUGCCUUCUUUCAGUCUCAGUCUUCCUUCUCACCGGGAAAAAGGGGAAAACAGAAGAGAAUUCCACUUCCUAAUUUUUGCUCACAGAGGGGGAAAAAAAAAUCCUUCAUCUUUGGUUCCUUACCUUCUUUCCUCCCUUAUUCCCAUAUUUAAUAUCUGGAUUCUUUUUGUUUUUCUUUGAAGAAUAAAUCUUUGUCUGGGUGCGAUGUAUUAUAAUUAUUGGCUCUUUGGGACCUUAAAUUCAAACUGAACUGACUUUCUGUUGUUGGAUGUUGAAAUCCUUCCUACUUCCUAGCCGAAAUAAUUUCUGGUUCUUCAUUUGUUUUUUCAAUUAACUCCUAAAUUACUUGCUUAUAAUUUUCUUUAAAGUUACAAUUUUUCCUUUUUCUUCCUGACUAUAUCAUAAAGUGUCGAGUGUGUGUUGACACAAUGACACUCUUAUGGAGGGGAAAGGGGAAAGACUUUGUCUUAUCUGUUCGAAAAAAACCAUAAGUUCUCGUUCAACUGAUGCUAAAUUUUUAUUUUUUUUUUGGAAACUUUUUUCUGAUAUCAGUUGAUCUUCAGUUUCACUGUUGUACUGAUAAGUUUGAUUCUUGUUUUCAAUUUGGUUGCGAGAUCCUGCAAAAGCUUUUGCAGUAAUAGUAUUUAUUAUGGACCUUUAGUUCGACUUGAUUCUUUCAUUUACCAACAAUUUGUUGAUUCUACUCAUAUUUGAUCGUCAUUCCCAUAUACCCCAGAGUUUGUAUUGGGAGGAAAUGGCCGUAUCUUUGACCAGAUUUCCAUGGUGCUGGUGGGGGAAUAAGGAGAAAGACCCAGUUUCUAAUGGGUCAUCAGUUAAUUCAUUGCCUGAUUGGGGUUUCGGGUUAAAGGACCCAGACAAUUUGAAGUUUAGAUCUAUUACGGCUGCGAAAAAGAUGGCUUCUUCUAAAGUUAAGAGGAAAUGGAAGAGCAGGGAGGAAAGGAGGAGAGUUGACAAAGAGUAUGAUGUGGUGUUGGUGCCAUCCGAUGGUGUUUGUUUAUCAGGUUCUGAAUCCGAUGACUCGGACUGGUCAAUUGGGUGGCUGGAGCCACACGCCCCUGAUUUCCAGAGUGAUGAUGAUUCCGGUGAUGAUAGUUUUGCUGUAAUUGUUCCUUGCUAUAGACAUCAUGAUUACCACCAAGACGUGGUGGAUAUGGAGCCUAAAAAACAUUUACUUAGUGCCAUUCAGAAUCUUCCAAAUGAUUACUCCACUGAGGGGAAGAAGUACAUGGAGCAGUGCCUUGCUAUUCUCAAGGAUUUUUGAAGCUGUGUUUCACAGCUGGUGAAUGCUACUGUGAUGAUUUUUGCACGAUAAAAGAUCGAGUUAGUCCUCAUCAGACUUCCCUUGAAUCAUGUUAGUUGCAAUAUGCAAGGAGAUCUUAAUGGUUUCGCUUCAAUGUGCAGUGGUGGAGGUGGUCUCAGAUGAUUAGAUCAUUCUCGCUUUGUGAAACCAUAUGGAUCAAGUUCGAACUGACUUCGUGGUGAAAAAGGAUUGUAAAAUCUGUUAUAAGAAUGUAGAAAGGUAGCUGUUUUCUUCAGAUUAUUAGGAGGGUUGGGUUAGUGUGUUGUGUCCUUUGGGCUAUUAGGAUUAGGCAAUCGGCCUAUUCGAAAACGUGACUAUCUACUGCUAUGUAAAUACUGCUGCUUGUAUUUGAUUUGAUGCUGCUCGUCAAGUGUUUCUGCAGCUGGUCUGCUGCCAAUGUAAAUAAUUUCCCUACUCCAAUCUCAGCAAUUGAUUGAAUCUUUGGCUAUUUACUUUUCGUGUAAAAAAAACAGUCGUCCAUCUUCAUUGUCAUUCGAUCAUUUCAUUUACCAGAAAGUUGGAACGUGGAUUAAAGUCUCUUUUUCUGCUUGCUUUAUUGCUUAUUAUGGUUGGGGAAGGAAAAAUUGCUAUCAUUAAUAGGGAAAAGUACAAGAACUUUACUAGCUUCUUUGAUGAUGAGUUUCAUAGGAAGCAAUUAAAGGGAACAAGUGGAUGAUGAGUUUGUGGCUUGUUUUCUGCUUUCACUUCUGGGCACGUAAUUGCUUGGCCAUGGUGAAGGAGGACCACCAAUCCAUCGGCACUUGAAUGAAAAUGAUAAAAUCUAAUUCUUCCUGAACAAAUUGGAGUCUUUUCUUGGGACGGAGAAAGUGUACAAGGAUUUGACAGAACAAUGAUCUUUAUACUUAUGAAUAAUUAUUUCCUAGAACCAUAUUCGCGUUAUGUAAUUAUUGCCUGC